AUGGCCACCGAAAACCCCAUCAAGAGGCUCAAGGUCGAGGCGCCUUUGAUCGGGACACACAGUGGCCACUUCCACGCCGACGAGGCUCUUGCCGUGUCCAUGCUGCGACUCCUCCCCACCUACCUCGACUCUCAGCUUGUCCGCACCCGCGACCCCGCUGUCCUGGCCACAUGCCACACCGUUGUCGAUGUAGGCGCCGAGUACGAUGACGCCAACAAGCGCUACGACCACCAUCAGCGCGAGUUCAACACCGUCUUCCCAGGCCACAACACCAAGCUCUCCUCCGCGGGGCUGGUGUACAUCCACUUUGGCAAGGACAUCAUCUCCGCCGUGACUGGUCUAUCAGCUGGGCCUGACCUGGACCUGCUCUUUGAGAAAAUAUACACCGACUUCAUCGAGGCCUUUGACGCGAACGACAACGGCGUCAACAUCAUUGCGCCCAAGGACUUGGAGAAAGCGGGGUUGGAGAAAAAGUUCGAGGACCGCGGUUUCAGCAUCGCCAGCGUCGUCGGUCGUUACAACUACUCCCACUCCAAAGUUGCAGAUGAGACCAAGUCUGCGGAGCAGAAGCAGGCCGAGGAGGACAUGCGCUUCUUGAGAGCCUCGCAAUUCGUGGGCGAGCAGUUCCAGCUGGAGCUGACCAACCGCGCCGAGAACUGGUUGCCCGCUCGUCACGAGGUCAAGAAAGCCUACGAUUCUCGUUUCCAGUAUGAUUCUCAGGGUCGCAUCCUCGUCCUCCCUGAUGGCAUGCCCUGGGCGGAUCAUCUGUACUCGCUUGAGAAGGAGUCACCCAUCCCAGAAGGUGUGGCACCGCAAGUCCUGUUCGCCCUCUUCCCUGAGGACAAGCCAGAGGGCAAGUGGCGCAUCCGCGCCGUGAGUAAGGAGAACGGCGGCUUCGAGAACCGCAAAGAUCUCCCGGAUGCCUGGAAGGGCGUCCGCGACGAGCAGCUCGACCAGGUAUCCGGCAUCUCAGGCUGUGUCUUUGUCCACGCCGCCGGCUUCAUCGGAGGCAACAAGUCUUUCGACGGUGCGCUCGCCAUGGCCAAGAAGGCAUUGGAGUUGUAG